AUGGGUCGCUCGCGUGCCUUCGGCUCGAAGGGCGAUUCAAAAACACGAGAGACAGAUUCAUCCCCAAACUCAAAUUCAAGCAGUCGAUCAAAACUCAACAAAUCACAUCCUACCCCUCCCACCGAAUCUCCUCCGAAUGGCUUCAACACCGCGAAAUCAUGGGCGACUCCAGAUCGUGCAAGUCUUGCGCGGCCAGCAUCCAUGGUAUUCACGUAUCAGCCUCCACGGACAGAAAUUGCACACGACACAUUACCGGAGUUACUGCCCAUCUUUACUUUUAUGAACAGUCACUCGAAUAAGAUGUACCAGGAAGGGUACUUUCUCAAGCUGAACGAUUUAGAUACUCACGGCCGCCCUUGUGCAGAUCGGAAGUGGGUUGAAUGUUUUGCAGUGCUGACCGGAACUGUGCUGUCAAUCUGGGAUGCUGCUGCGCUGGACGCUACAGGAAAUCAGGACAUUACACCUACUUUCAUUAACCUUACGGAUGCCUCAAUCAAGAUGCUUGAGACACUUCCUACGUACGACAAAAAUGCCAAACCAUUGCAGAAUAUUUUGAGUGUCUCAACAGCAGGCAGAAACCGCUACCUGUUUCACUUCAACUCGUUAAAUUCGCUUACUCAAUGGACUGCCAGUAUUCGACUUGCCCUAUUUGAGCAGACAUCCUUACUCGAGGCUUAUACAGGUUCCAUCAUCGCCGGUAAAGGCAGACAGUUGAACAACAUUCGAAUGAUCAUGGAGCGCUCCCGAUACAAAUACGAAGACUGGGCCAGGGUCAGAUUUGGUGCUGGUACACCAUGGAGGCGAUGCUGGUUUGUGGUAACGCCACCAAGCGAGAAGGAUAUCCAGAGAUUGCACAAGUCUGGCAAGAAGCGGUCUGCAUAUGAUCGAACCACGCCAGUCGUGACUGGAACCAUCGCGUUUUACGAAACGCAGAAGACGAAAAAGGCACUGCCAAUUGCCACAAUUACCGAUGCCUAUGCUGCCUUUGCCAUUUAUCCCCAAUCAACAGCUCUAAUUGACCAGUCGACGUUGGUUAAGAUAGAGGGCAACAUCACGUUCCAUUCGCCGACUCAAUCUAGCACGGAGGGAUUCAUAUUUAUCAUGCCGGAGCUUCACCCAGCAGUGUCUGGUCUCGAAAUCAUGUUACGGUUCCUCUUUCCUGUUUUUGACACGUUUGGCCUGUAUGGACGGCCGACUCGACUCAUUGCAGACACAAAUAAUGUCAAGAGUUUGAUGUUCGCUUUCCCUAAACAACAACCAUACGGCUAUUUGGACGUGCUUGAUGUCGUCAAUCUGAUCAAUAAAUCUGGAAGUCAAGGCUGGUCUGAAAAGGAAUGGAGGAGGCAACUUAGGGAAGCAACCGCGCAGCGCAUGUCAACUGCCAACAGUCCUGCAAGCAGCAUCAGCGGUGGUCGACCGCAUCAAAGAGGCAGCAUUCUUGGCCGUCAUGGAAAGACUCGAUUCAGAGAACCGACUAUGCCUCUUUCUCCCGGCUUUAAUCAGUCUGCUGAGGCGAUCAUUGAGACUCCCAGCUCGACCACCGUAUCUCUCACCGAGUCCGGCCCAUCAUAUGGACAUUAUCGAGCAGUAUCGGACACUGGCGGUUUCCUACCUAUGGGCUCGACAGGCAGGUCAUCGUUUACUCCUUCGCGUUUGUCAAUCCAAGAUACACCACCCGAGCCUCCCAUACACGGCAUUGAUUCAACCACUGGAAGAGAUCGACCUCCAACUCGCCAGUCCAAUGGAAGCGGUUCUGAUGGUGACGCACAGCUACAAAACAUACUUCGGACGGAGAACAUCGUUCGGGAAUUUCGACCUAAUAUAUCUCCAGAACCCGUGGCUGUUCCACCAGCAUUUUCACAUCAACCUGGCCAAGUUCCUUCUAGCCGACCUCAAGCUUCAAGCGAAUUACGAAGGGCCAACAGCCGCAUGUCUAGUUCAACCCUUGCUCAGCUAGCCGAAGUGGGCAAACUACGCGGUGUUACAACAAAUACCGUCUCGAACAUUCAGGAAAGUCCCUACUCGGAUGACCGUUACGAUAGUGAUUCGCCAGUACAUCUGGGCGAACGUUCUUCUUAUGGUGCAAAUGUGUAUACUAUUCAAGAACAAGCGCCAGCGGUACCCCUCCAUGGAACGAUAAGCAAUAGCUACCAGCAACCAUUGCCGCAACGGACUGCUCAAGAAACGCCAAACCUACCCAUCGACACAUCGAAGCCUAUCAAAAGGAAACCGCUUCCUCCUCAGCCUACCUCCUCUUCUGACGUAGACUCCGCUCUGGAAUCAGUAUCCUCACUAGCCGACCCGAGCUUCAGAGAUUUGCAACAUACAGUUGAUGAGGCCGCUUUGAGUAGAAUAUUGCCCAUGCAACCAUCAUUUACACCUGAGAGGAUGAUGACUCAAAUUCCUCAACUUUCUCGAGUUGAUACUGGAAGUGUGUAUGAUGAUGAUAGCUCAACUACCCCCGACUAUGCAAGUCGUAAAUCCACCGAUACGAAGCGCUCAGAAGUUUCAAUUCCUCGUCCCCGGAUUGGUGUCUUGAAAACGGUGGGAGGCUCCAGCAUGGACAAGCAGGAAGUUACUAUUGGAGAUGCACGUUAUUUUGCCAAUCAGGAAACAACCAAAGUAAAUCCUGAUAUUCCAUCUAUCGAUUUCGGGCCGACCCUGGCGCACAGCUUGCACACACGACGCCCUAGUAUAUCUGACGUGCUAAACAAUUUCGGUUCUGGUUCCCCAUCGCCUACCCGUCGUGAUGGUGCAGAACACGGUCAUGCCCAUAAACCGUCACGAUCUCCUGCUGGGGAUGACAAACGCAGGAGCGUUCCGUGGCAGCCUGGUCUAGCAAACCAUCGUCCGGAGUCUCCCGGAAAUCGCACCGUCACACCUGAACAAUUUGUACACCAACGGUCCACCUCCAACUCUCAUCCUCUAGAUUUCCCUAUUGGCAAUCCGGCUGCUAGACCAAGAUCAGGAGAUUGGACCCUGGGUGCGUCCCAACCGGUUUACAGCCGAGACUUGCCUCCCCGGCCACACUCUCGAGGCUCGACUAUGUUGUUGAACCAGACCGAAAUGCCCAUGCGACCACAUUCCCGGAACUCGACAAUGAUCUUGAACCAAAAUGAAAUGCCGCCUCGUCCACAUUCACGGGGCUCGAAUGCCAUCUUGAAUCAGAGUGAUUUUUCGUCUCAUUUGUCAGCUAGAGAACAGGAACACGUCGCUCGCAUGACUGGGUCAGCAUUCUUCAAUCUGUCAAACAAUAAUGUGAAGCCCGCUGUCAGCUCUGGUGGUCUCAUUGGGGCCAUCGACGCUCGGGAGCGUGAGCGGAGGUAUAUGAAGGAAGGACUCAGCAAUCAAAUGGUACAGCAGGCAAUUGUACAGCGUCAACAACAACAACAACAGAUGUACGAAUCACAACAGAUGCAAAACCCGCAAGUUGGCAAUAUUUACAACAUGCCCGGUGCAAGCUAUACGUGGGAUGCUCUCAAUCAAAAUACGUUCAACCAGCCUCAGAUGAUCCCCCGUCCGGCCACAAGUUCGGAUUGGCAUGCCUGGAAUGGUCACGUAGCAUCUCAGACACCACCACCUGCGCCGCAACAUUCUAAUCAAUACUUUCAUCAGCAGCAAUAUCAAAACUACUGA